AUGGCAUCUGUUGGGCCCCUCCCUCGCUUCGGCGUGAUCGGCGGCAGCGGCGUGCAGGUGAAGGGCGAGGAUUCGUGGACGGUUGAGACCCCUUGGGGAAAAUGCAUCCUCGCAGCGUUGGACUCCAAGCGCCGCGUAAUCUUCGCGAACAGGCACUUGUGCACCAAAGUCAACGAUCAAGGAAAAGCUGACUACGCGCCGCCCCAUGAGGUGAACUUUAGGGCUCUAAUUUGGGCCUUGGCUGUGAACUCCGAGUGCUCGGGCGUGGUGGCAUUGAGCAGUACGGGUACCCUGCAUCCUGACACGAUACCCGUCGGCUCUGUCGUCGCAGCAAACGACUACUACAUGGUGAACCCUCAGCCGGUUACCUUCUGGGGCCAUGAGAAGAUCGGCUCCUUCGAGACGCCCGAAGGUGGGGUGGGGCGGAUCCACUAUUCUCCAGCCAACCCACAGGAUGAACGCAGGGUUGCCUGGUCAGUGCGUGUGCAGGGUGCCUUGCAUGGAGUGCUUGCGCGUGUUCGCGAGAAGGUGAAGUUCGCACAAGGUCAGACCGCUUCCAGCUGGCCGCUCAUACCGCAGAAGGAGACGGUCUACGUCAACACCGUGGGCCCACGGUUCGAGACAAGGGCCGAGAUACGCUCCUACAGAGGCAUCGGAGACAUCGUGGGAAUGACCUGCGGCAACGAGUGGAUCUUGUGUGAGGAGCUGCAGGUGCCCUACUUUGUGAUCUGCUUCUGCGACAAUGCCUGUAACGGGCUGAGCAUGCAUCCCCAGGGUGCGCUCCAAGAGUAUCUGGAAAACAAGGCGGCAAUCGGCGAGGUCACCAGUGCAAUUGUUUAUCAGCUGGUGGAGGAGUUGUCCAAGGACGAGACGCCAGCGGGCUAUGCUGCCAGCUCUUAG